AUUCUCCUUCUAGUUCAGAGCAUCCUCACUUCCCUCACAACCCUCUUCUUGGGAGACAGGUGGGUUGUUGACCCACCACUCCAGCCUUCAUUGCUUAUGGCCACCCACGCUGGGAAAAAUGAACAUCAAGUACAGUGAUCCCCUUCCCAAAACGUUGGGUACAUGCCAUCACUUCAAGGGGAGUUUAUGCUAAUCAUGACCUCAUAAACAAAUCACUUGUGAGAGAAACCACAUCCAGGGCAAAGUCAGAAGUUAAAAAAGCCUUAUUUCAGAGAGUACUUCCUGAAAGAGACAAAGCAGCAAUUGCAGCCAAACGAGUACCAACUCCUGUGCCAAGUUUUACAUUUGAAACAACUUUGUAAAGGAAAAGAAGAGCCUGAAACAAAAGAAAUACUGCAACUUCUUAAAUAUACCAUUUCUAGAAAGAGCUAUUUUAACACAAGAUAUCUCUUUUAGAUAACUGGGUAUGACGAAAAAUGCUCUUCUCUAACACAGCCUUUUGAUGGACAGGAGUUUCUAAGUGUCAUUCCCCCAACAAUCUAUAAGAUGACCACUCCUCACAAUCAAGCUCAACCUGGCCCUUCCAACAAUUCACAUCCAGAAGAAUACAAGAUCGCAGCCCUUGUCUUCUACAGCUGUAUCUUCAUAAUUGGAUUAUUUGUUAAUGCCACUGCCUUAUGGGUUUUUAGUUGUACUACCAAGAAGAGAACCACUGUAACCAUCUAUAUGAUGAAUGUGGCACUAUUGGACUUAAUAUUUAUAAUGAGCUUACCCUUUCGGAUGUUUUAUUAUGCAAAAGGUGAAUGGCCAUUUGGAGAGUACUUCUGCCAGAUUCUUGGGGCUCUCACAGUGUUUUAUCCAAGUAUUGCUCUAUGGCUUCUUGCUUUUAUUAGUGCCGACAGAUACAUGGCCAUUGUGCAGCCAAAAUAUGCCAAAGAACUUAAAAACACAGGCAAAGCCAUGCUAGCAUGUGUGGGAGUCUGGAUAAUGACCCUGACAACUACCAUCCCACUCCUACUGCUCUAUGAAGACCCAGAUAAAGCCUCCACACCCCCCACCUGCCUGAAGAUUUCUGACAUUACCCACUUAAAAGCUAUUAACAUGCUGAACUUCACUCGACUGAUAUUUUUUUUCUUGAUUCCCCUGUUCAUCAUGAUUGGGUGCUACUUAAUCAUCAUUCAUAGUCUCCUUCACGGGAAGACAUCUAAGCUGAAACCAAAAGUCAAGGAGAAGUCUAUAAGGAUCAUCAUCACACUCAUGGUACAGGUGCUCGUCUGCUUUAUGCCUUUCCAUAUCUGUUUUGCUUUCCUGAUGCUGGAAGGGGAUGAGAACAGUUACAAUCCCUGGGGAGCCUUUACCACCUUCCUCAUGAAUCUCAGCACCUGUCUGGAUGUGAUUCUCUACUACAUUGUUUCAAAACAAUUUCAGGCUCGAGUCAUUAGUGUCAUGCUCUACAGAAAUUACCUUCGGAGUGUGCGCAGAAAAAGCUUCCGAUCAGGUAGUUUACGGUCACUAAGCAAUGUAAACAGUGAAAUGCUUUGAAUGAUAAGCAGGUUUCUGUUUUUAAUUUCUUUAUAUUCACUUUACUAACUAUCCUAAGGUCACUGGAUAUUCUGUAUGAUAUUACCAAGCCCCUUCUCUCCUGAAAAAAAAAAAAAAAAAAA